AUGUUUUCUUUUCUUUCACCAUUUCCUUCUUUUAUUCUUAUCUUUCGUUCUUUCAUUUCUUUCUUUCUAUCUCUCUUUCUUGCUAUCUUUGCCCUUCUCCCUCAUUACACUGUUUUUCUCAUAUUUCAUAUUUUAAUUGUUUACAUUUCAUAUUUCUCUCAAACAUUCUAUUCUGUCAUAAGGUCAUGCAGCCAUUUUUCUUUAUUUUUAAAACUCUCGGGAUUAUUUUACUACCCUAAAUUCUAUUCUUUCUUUCUUUCUUUUUUCUUGCUUCUUUUCUAUUUUAUCGUUCAUGUUUCUUUCUUCCAUUAUUCUCUUUUCUUUCUUUGUUCUUCUAUUCUUCUUUUCUCUUCUUUCUUUCUUACAUUAUUUUUUCCAUUCUUUCUUCCUUUUUCCUUGCUUGCUUUCUUUCUUUUUUUAUCCUUCUUUUCUUUCUUCUUUUUCUUCUUUCUUUCUUUUUUCUUUCUUUCUUCCGUUGUUUUGUUCUUUCUUUUUUCUCUCUCUUCUCUUCUUUAUUUUUAUCUUUCUUCCUAUCUUUCCUACUAUUAUUUAUUUCUUUCUUUCGUAAUUAUUUUUCCCUCCUUUCUUAAUAAUUUAUCAGUUCUUUCCUUCACUCAUUCUUUCUUUUCUUAUUUCUUAAUCAUUUCAUUUUAA